AUGUCUCCAGGUUCUGAGAGGAAGUUGCUCCCAUCGAGGAACGGUUCUUUGGGCGAUUCUGUUGUUGGGAUUGAGCUGGACUCGAUGGCGGACAAGGCGAACGAUUCGCCCGGCAGUGGCUCGCAUCACAAUGCACAGAUUGAGGAUGAUAAGUUUGAGGGCUUGUUUUAUGGGCCUCGAGACCUUAAUCAUCACUCGAGGUGGCCUCAUUUUCUGCGGCUUCGGGGAAGUAUUUUGCCAUACAUGAUAUUCCCACUCUUGUUUGUGGCUGCCUGGGCAAGCUGUGUUACGAUAAUUUCGCGUCGAGUUUAUCAUAUCGGCGUCAGUCAGGUUCUUCUCACGGUUCUCGGUUUCGUCGUCGGUCUGUCGCUAUCUUUCCGAAACUCAACUGCCUACGAGAGAUACAACGAGGGGCGCAAGUACUGGUCUCAGCUAGCCAGUGUGACGCAAAGUCUGGCAAGACUUGUCUGGGUCCAUGCGAGCGAGCGUGAGGAGUGCCAGACGGAAGACCUACUGGCCAAAGUUACAUUUUGCAACAUGCUGGUUUCACUCAGCUUCGCCUUGAAGCACCGACUACGCCACGAGCCAUUCACGCACUACGACGACCUGCAAAGCAGGACCGGGCAUUUGCCGAUAGUGGCACACGAGGCCGAGAAGAAAGAGUGGGAGAAACCUACCAGAUGGGAGACAAUAGGCCUGUUCCUCGGGUUUCCCAUGGCAGAGCAGAAUCCUCGAAGACUCAUGAAGAACCCGGCCAAGCCGUUGGGCAAUGUGCCGCUGGAGAUUCACAGCUCUUGCUCGGCGUUUAUCCAGGCCAUUAUCGACAACGGGACGCUCAAGACGCCGGGCUGUCACACGUCAGCCAUGGGGUUGUUGGCACAAGUCAACGACAUUCUCAACGGAACAGAGCGAAUCCUCAACACCCCGUUGCCGCUGGCUUACUCGAUUGCCAUUGCCCAAAUAACAUGGGCGUACAUCCUUAUCCUGCCGUUCCAGCUGGUCGACAAUCUCAAGUGGACAACAAUCCCCGCAACGAUUUUCGCGGCAUACAUCAUCCUGGGGCUUGCCCUUAUUGGGCGGGAAAUCGAGAAUCCCUUUGGAGACGACGUAAACGAUUUGCCGCUCGAGGGCUUCUGCGAGCAGAUUCGGCAGGAUAUUGAUAUAAUAAUGAGCCAUUCGCCGCAGUCAACGGAAGAUGCGGUCAAGAAGGAUGAGAAUGCAGUACUCUACCCGCUGAGCCAACACGGGUAUCAUGCUCUGGUAUCCAAGUCGCCAGAAGAAAUUCGAGCGUUGCUCCGUGUCAAACUGCAAAUGCCAAGGGAUGAAUGA